GUGUCUGUGAUGUGACUGAGUUUCAUCUUGUGCACAUUAUUUAUCUGUGGAAGUUUUUCUUGUUUGAAGUCACAGACGAGAGCAGCAGCUACUAUGAGUGUAACUGCAGCAGCCAGUGGAUUUGUUGUCCUUCUUCUCACUGUGACAGUGGUACAGUGUGAGAAUGGCUGGGAUGUGAGUUACACUUCUACUGAGAUCUGUGCCGUCAGAGGAUCAACAGUGGACAUUACCUGUACCUACACAUACCCAUCCACAUUUAAUAACCAUGAUACUACAGUUCAGGAACCUUUCUGGUUCAUUAAAGAGAGUAAUGGGAUUCACGUUGAUCUAAGGACUGAUCCGGAUUAUUCAGGUCGUGUGGAGAAUCUCUGUGGAAACAACAAGUGCACUCUGAGAAUCUCUAACCUGAGAGAGAGCGACUCAGCUGUGUACAAGUUCAGGUUCACAACAAACCAACCUACUGGGAUUUUAACUUGUUCAGCUGGAGUCACUCUGUCUGUCACUGGUAACAUUUACAUCUGAACAUUCAUUCAUUUAUUUCCUACAUCUUGUUCUCUUGAGUGUGUGUGUGUGCACUUUUAUAUGCAUGUGUGUGUUGUCAGUUUGGACUAAAAUGAAUUCCUUAUUCUCACACACAGAUUUGCAUGUGCAGGUGAGAGCAUCAGUGAAGUAUGACUCUUCUAUCUGGGCAGAGCUCAGGUCUCAGAGCAGUUGUCGUCUUCCUGAUCAUCUGAACUACGUCUUGUACAGGAAUCAACAGAAGAUGACGGAAGGAGAAUCUUAUUCAGAUUAUUUCUAUCGUACAACCAGUGUUUCCUGUGCUGUUAAAGGACUCGAGGAUUUCCGCUCUCCGUCAAUGUUGGUAUGGAGUCAGAAUGGCUGGAGUGUGAGUUACACUUCUACUGAGAUCUGUGCCUUCAGAGGAUCAACAGUGGACAUUAACUGUACCUACACAUACCCAUCCACAUUUAAUAACCAUGAUACUACAGUUCAGGAAACUUUCUGGUUCAUUCAAGAGAGUAAUGGGAUUCACGUUGAUCUAAGGACUGAUCCGGAGUAUUCAGGUCGUGUGGAGAAUCUCUGUGGAAACAACAAGUGCACUCUGAGAAUCUCUAACCUGAGAGAGGGCGACUCAGCUGUGUACAAGUUCAGGUUCACAACAAACCAACCUACUGGGAGUUUAACUGGUUCAGCUGGAGUGAAAUGUUAGUGUGUAUGUUGAAAUAAAACCACAUGUUUGUUCACAGACCCUCAGCUCCAGGUACAUGUGAGGAGAUCAACAGCCAAUCCAUAUUCUACCUGGACAGAGCUGACCUGUCACAGCAGGUGUCAGCUCCCUGAUCAUCUUUCCUACGUUUGGUACAAUAACAAUAAACCUGUUGGACGAAAAAAAUACUUUCACCUCCAACACUUUAAUCCUGAAGACAGCUAUCACUGUGCUAUAGAAGGACAGGAGCGUUUCACUUCUCCUACAUUGUGUGAGUUUACUCCUCCUCAUGAAACUACAAUAAUGUGGAAAUAAUUUAAAUUUAAACUAUUAACAAAUAAUACAGACAGUGUUUUGAUUGUAUUCUCAUCCUGUGUGUUAAUAUAAACUAUCCUUCAGAUGCUCCAAAGCCUCCCACUGUGUCAGUGAGACCCUCUGGUGAGAUCAUGGAGGGCAGCUCAGUGACUCUGACCUGCAGCAGUGAUGCUAACCCAGCAGCUAACUACACCUGGUACAAGGAGGACGAGGACUCACCAACAGCAUCAGGACAAAUCUUCACCAUCACUGAUAUCACAGCUGAACAUGGUGGAAAGUAUCAGUGUGAGGCCCAGAACACACACGGACGUAGUAAGGCCACCUUUCAUCUGACUGUUGGAGCAGCAUGGAGAUCAGCACUCAUUGGAUCAGCUGCAGUUUUCCUCGCUGUGACUCUCCUCUCCGUGUUCCUACUGAUCAGAAAAAAGAGAAACUCUCAUCAAUCUGCUGAUCCUGGGGACAGACUUGACCACAGUGAGCAGCAUCUACACAAUCAGUCUGAGGAAAACUGUGACCUUCACUAUGCCAGUGUCCACUUCAUGAAGAGUCAGACGGAUCCCGUCUACUCCAGCAUCAGAUCAGAUGAACCCAGUGAACACAAGGAGGCGGAGGAGGUUGUGUACACUUCUGUCAACUUUUACAGAUCUGCCCCGAGAACCAGAGGUCAGGACACUGGAGAGGAUCCAGCUGCAUUGUAAAGCACAGUCAAAAAACCUAUGAAAUAUCUCAACAGCUGCAGGAUGGAUUUGAAUAGAAGUUCAUUCAACUGUUCAUGGUCCCCACAGGAUGAAUCCUUCUUUGGUGACAGACUCCAGCAUCAUUGUUGAACAAAAUGUUCAGUUUUAAGUGACUUGUCUUGACAGAUAAUGGAUAAAUUGCCCCGAAGAUGAAUCCAAACGACUUCGCUGACUUGACUUUUAUCUGAAAUAUAUCAUCAACUUGUAGAAGUUGUUAAAAACGCCACAUUUAGCCUGAAUGAAAAAUAUCAAACAUUUUAUAACUUGCAGCUUCAAACAGGAAAAUAUCUGCGGUGUGUGUCAGACGCUCGACAAACUGUAAACUUGUUAUUAACUUUUUUCUAUUCAUAAAAUUAUCAAAACAAGCAUUAUUAGCAAGUUGUAGUGUGACACUGCAGCCACUAGAUGGUAUAAAAGAGUUUUGCUGAUAGAAAAUCACAGAGAGAAUUUGGUUCCUUCACUAUUAUUUCCAUUUAUUGAUUUUAUCCGCUUAUUUUAUCACAAUUUCAUAUAAAAACUUGUCUAUCUCAGUAUCUUCUUCAUUUCUACAAUUAUUUCUCAUAAUUGAAUAUAUUUUUUUUUAAACUGUUUAGUUGUCUAUGGUUUUGUUCUGCUUAAUUAUAGUUAAAAAUAUAAAUGACAUUUUCUGCUCUGACUCAUGUUAAAUCUAUUAAAAAAAUAAAACUUACAUCAAAGUGAUUUGUUUAUUACAGCUGAAAAACGACACAUAAAACACAUUAUUUAAAGAAAA